GAAGCAAUGAAAAAAUCCGGUUUUAAUUUGGAAUCGGAUUCAAUUGAGAAAAGCAUAAAGGAAAUAACUGACAAUUAUGGUUGUGAUAAAAUUCAUCGAAUAUGGGCUAGAAAAGUUCCAAUGGUUAAGGCUUAUUAA